AUGAAGACAUUGUUUCAGGAAAUCAAAGCUUCUAUCAAAAACAACAUUGAGCACGAUCGCUCAUUCUGGAGGCCAGUGCUUCCUUGGGGAGGCGUAUUCACCAUAAAAGCUGGCCGUAAAGCCAUCUCGUGCAUGCCCCUGUAUGUGGAGAUCACACUGAAGAACACCUGCACUAUCGAUGGCUUUUUGAUGCUUCUUUAUGUUAUCCUGCGUGAAAAUAACACUUUCCCCCGUGAGCUGUCCCAGUACCUGGGCAGAGAGUUUGUCGAUUGUUUCCUCCAUCUAAUGGACACCUGCAGCUUCACCUCCGUCAAGCUGCUGUGGAUAUGGGACAAGAUGGAGAAGAGGCAGUACAAGUCCGGAGUACAUAAAGCAUGUCUGGAGAUUGACUUGUUUGGGAAUGAACAUGAAAAUUUCACCAGAAACCUGGAGCGCUUGAUGGCCACAAUUCAGGAGAGUUACUGCUCUAGCCCGCAGUGCCCCAUCCGUGUGCAGGAGAGUCACAUGCAGACUAUUCUAAUCAACCCCCCUCAUGACAUACCUCACGGAGACCUCAUUCAGAUGGCAGUGGAUGAACUGUUCUGCUCCAGGAUUGAAGUUUGCGAGGAGAAAGGGUGUGGAUGCCUGAGGGAGUUUUCUCAGAGGGUUUUCUGUUACGGACCUCCUCCAUUUGUUAUACUGAACAUGGAACAGUGGAAGUCGGAAGACCUGGCCUAUGUACCUUAUUAUCUGGAUUUAUCUGAUCACAAAUACCUGCUGGAAGGCGCCACCCUCUUCAACAAGGAGGAGCACCAUUACUCCGCAGCCUUCCAGAUUGACGGCUUUUGGAUGCACUACGACGGCCUGAGGAACGUCAACCUAAUACUGUUAAAUAAGCCCCCGGAGCUUUUACUUCUGUCAUCCCUGGUGUACGUGAGAGCUGCAGAAAAAUAA